GUGGAGGAGCCACUCCACAUGGCCGUUUAACCUCGAUCUUGGCUGGCCACUGUCGGCGCGACUGACGGCUAAAAGUGGGCUGUCAAUCUCUACCUGAAACACGGCCUCCGUGCCAAUUUCAGCAAUGCACCCCAGAGCACGCAGUCGGCAGUAUGCAGGAGGAGCUUCGGAGGCGUGAAACCGCUGGUGGUGAAUUUGUUUUGGGUUUUAAUCAAUAAUAACGGGUCGAGCGCAGGGAGAGACCCGGAUAUAAAGCGAGGACGGGUUCCCGGACAGUCGUGAACCAGUCAAUCCUCCAGUUCCAACCCAACGAACCGUUCUCUCGGGCACAAUUCACCAUGGUCGCUUUCUCUUCUCUCCUGCUCGCCGUCUCCGCCGUCUCCGGCGCGUUUGCCGCCCCCGGUGACCACUCCCUCGUCGAGAUGGCCAAGCGCGGCCUCACCUCCUCGCAGACGGGCAACGACAACGGCUACUACUAUUCUUUCUGGACCGACAACGGCGGCGAUGUGACCUACUCCAACGGCAACGGCGGCUCGUACAGCGUCGAGUGGAAGGACUGCGGCAACUUCGUCGCCGGAAAGGGCUGGAACCCCGGCAGCUCCAACGCCGUCACCUACAGCGGCACCUGGACGCCCAGCGGCAACAGCUACCUGUCCGUGUACGGCUGGACCAUCAACCCCCUGAUCGAGUACUACAUCGUCGAGAACUACGGCGACUACAACCCGUCGACCGGCGCCGAGCAGAUCGGCACCGUCACCAGCGACGGCAGCUCGUACAAGAUCUACAAGACCCAGCGCGAGAACGCCCCCUCGGUCCAGGGCACCGCCAGCUUCACCCAGUUCUGGUCCGUCCGCGACAACCUGCGCACCGGCGGCACCGUCACCGUGCAGAACCACUUCGACGCCUGGGCCAAGUCCGGCCUCACGCUGGGCGAGCACAACUACCAGAUCCUGGCCACCGAGGGUUACCAGAGCAGCGGGUCUGCUUCCCUCACCGUCCAGUAAACGGAUCUCUGACGGAUUAUUUGG